AUGGCCCUGCUUCACCGCUCUUCCGCAUCAGCGGCGCUGCUGCAUCCGUUGCACCAACGGGCCGCGUCAUCAGCACCAUUGCAAUCGCGGCCUGAACCGUCGAUUCGGUCGUCGAUGCCCAUCCGAGGGCCAUCGCGUGGCCUGCCCGGUCGCGCGGGUCGCUCCGCUGGGCAAAGCGAGGCCGUGGCGCGCUCGUCGCUGUGGGACGCCGUGCAAGGCAGCGGCAGUGGCGAGGGCGGGGGGCAGCAGUGGGGGCUGGCAGUGUCAGGGGAGGAGCCGCUGGGGUAUAGCGAUGAGGAGGGGGAAGGCAUCGUUCCUCUCACUGACGACGCAGAGGCGUUUGGCCCUGAGGCGUUGCUACUGCUUGGCUUGACACCUGACGAGAUUGAAAAGGUUCGAGCAGCGCUGGAUGAAGCAGAGGCCAGCUUUAUCUCGCUGCUAUCAGCAGACGAGUCAGUGGCGGACGUCACCCUGUGGGACGCCAUGGAGAGGGCCGCCCAGCCCUUCCCCUCCAUGCCCGCGCCCUCUGUAGCCGCUGCCCCGCAAUCACAGGCGGCUGACAGCAGCAGCGUGUGGCCGAACAACGUGGGCGAGCGGGUGUGCAUCGUGUCGGGGCUGUCAGGCAUUGAGAUCAUGGACCUGGUGGAAAUCAUCAGCAGCCUGGACAUCCCCCCCAUGGUGUAUGCAGCCAUGGUGCCCAAGUCGGCAGCCAGGCCAGUGAGGGAGGUGGUGGAGGAUCUGGUUGCAGACCACCGCCUGCUGUACAGCCACCUCCUAGAGGCCUGCCUCGCCGCGAUGCACACGUGGCUGUACCGCGUGAACGCGGUCGUCACGCUCUCCGUCUUUCUGCUCAUCGGCCUCAGCGUGCUCGCGUCGCUCUCCGAGCGCCUCCACACGUCCGCCCCGACCGUCGAUCUGGACCUGGUGGACGUGGAGCACUUCUGGAGGAUACCGGGCGGUCCCUUCCAGGGCAACGAUGAGGCGGUGCUGACGCUCAACAUCACGGCCAACCUCACAUCAGUCUUCACCUGGAACACCAAGCAGCUGUUUGUGUUUGUCACUGCAGACUUUUCAACCCCAAAGCAUCCUCUGAAUCAGGUGUCGCUGUGGGAUGCCAUUGUGGAGCGCAAGGAGGACGCGGCGCUGCAGUUCACGAGGGAGAUCAGCGAGUACUCCCUCAUGGACCAGGGGAACAGCCUGAGGGGGCUGCCCUUCAACCUGACGGUGUACUGGAACGUGAUGCCCAUAGUGGGCGGCCUCUCCAUGGACCGCAUCUCCUUCCCCGGCUUCACCAUGCCGCCCAACUACCGCCCCUUCCACCUCCCGCGCGACCCCUCGCGCUUUGGCGCGCAGCAGCACCACAUGCACGACAUGCACUUUGAGCAGGACGUGGAGGGGCAUGAGGACGGGGAUGAUGGUGAAGGGUUUGAGGUGGAAGGGCAUGACGAUGGGGAGGAUGAUAACGAUGAUGAUGCUUGA